UUCAUGAUGUGACAUCUCAAUCGGUCAUUUAUGUAUCCAGAGCGAAGGGUAAUGAUAGCACAUCAUGUGGAUCCCAGUACUUUCCGUGUUAUUCUAUAUCACGGGCUGUUUCUCAAGUACAGUUUGGAUCAUCUAUUUUUCUUGAUUCCACCAACACCACAAUGUCUCCAUAUGAUUGCCUACCUCUGACGUCACAUUACAAGGGAAUAUACGUCAUCACGACUUUGUCUUUUGUUGGUGGACCAUCACUCGCUCAUGUUUCAUGUAGAAAAGGACUGAAUUGGAUAGUUAACGGUACUGAUAGUGCAAUCGCAAUAGAAGUAAACUUUACUGGAAUUGCUUUCCAAAAUUCCCGGCUUCAUUUUAUCGAGACGUCUGCUACUGUAACCCACUGUGUAUUUUCCAAUACAGAAAAUCCUGUUGUGAACUUUACUGUCUUACAUCGAAAUCAAACAAGUUUGUCGUUUCAAAAUGUUCUUUUUGAGAGCAAUGUGGCUUGCAUAUCAAUGACUAGCAGUUCUGUAAAUACUGAAAAUAUGCUGUUUAUCAGCAUCCACAUAAGGAACUCUGUCUUCAACAACAACGGCCCGAGGCGUUUCCCAUUUUUGCCACCAUCUUGGACCAUUCUUGGCGUAGAUACUUCAGGAACGCACUUUCUUGACAUACGGAUAAAGAACUCAAGUUUCCAAGGCAAUUAUGUUCGUUCUUCAGGUAUGAUUUCCGUGAAGAAUCAACCUGGUCAUACCAAGUUUCUAAUCCAAGAUGUUGCCUUUAUUGAAAACGGCUUACAUGACACCGGAGCAAGAAACAGCUUGUUUAUGUUAAGUAGUUCCAUCAUAUCUUUAGUUAUUUCAAAGUCACAAGUGAAGAAAAGCAAACAGCGGCUUUUAUCCAUGUAUUCUACGUGGACAGAGAUCAAUGUUUCUCACACGACUGUGGAUGAUUUUAUCAACUCUUGGCCAGAUGGCGGGACUUUUCAUAUAGAAAGUAAUAUAAUGAAGUUGUUGAUCAAAUAUUGUUUGUUCAGUAAUGGUAAAUCCAAUCCUGGUCAUGGCGGGCUGCUUUUUGUUUCUGCGCGUAAUACAAGCAUUCUUAUUGAAAAUUCCAUUUUAACCAAUUUGACAACAGCGGGUUAUGGUGGUGUCAUAUAUGCAACGGCCAGGCAAAAUGUUGCAGCUUCAAUGAAGUUGAAUACAACAAAUUCAAGUUUUGUCUCAAAUGGGGCAACGCAAGGAGGAGUUAUAUAUUUACAUCAAGAAGCCACAUCACAGGAAGCCACAUCACCAUUCUUUGUUCAAGUGUUUAUCCAGAACUCAUUGUUCGAGGGAAACACUGCUUCUACAGGAGGAUGCGUAAGUGUACAAGGUGUCGAAUUUCUGCUGACUGGAAAGAAUGUAACGUUCACUGGAAAUAGUGCAGGAGGACCAGGAGGGGUCAUGAACUUAAUCGGAGCAGGUGUAAUGCGCGUAAGCGUUUCACAUGUCUUAUUCAAGGAAAAUUCCGCUAUGGCAGGACCAGGAGGUGUGUUUUAUGUGACAGCACCACAGAGUUCUAAUGACAAUAGUUCAUUUUUUAAUUUAACAGCGAGUCACGUACAGUUUGUAGGAAACAGUGCGGGUGUGCCAGGUGGAGUUUUAUACAUAGAACUUGGUUUUAGAUCGAUAUUAAUUUUUAACGACGUUGUUUUUCUAAAGAAUACUGCAGAGGCUGCCGGCCCAGGCGGUGCAAUUUAUGCGACAGGAGAUGGGAAUAUGUAUCCUUCCUUUCAAAUCUUAAUAAAGCGAGGAAGGUUUGAAAACAAUACUGCUCUCGUGGGUGGAGCCAUUUAUGUGCAAAGGACGAGUAAUGCGGAGUUCACGAGUGAAGAUUCGAUCUUUCGCUCCAAUGUUGCUUACCUUCCAGGCGGAGCGUUGUAUUUGCAAAUGUUGAACUCUACGAUAACUCUAGUCAAUACAACAUUCUCUAACAAUACAAGUGUUAGACAAGCAGGUGGUGCAGUCUAUCUGGAUAUUAGUGAUGAAAGCAAGGUUCAUAUCGCUCUUGCCAAAUUUGAACGAAAUUACGCAUUGCAUUCGUUUGGCGCAGGGCUUGCAAUAUCCACGUCUGGCGAUACAUUACGUGAAUCUGGUUGCAGCGGAAAAACAUGGCGUGCAUGGAACUACAACAACUAUGUUGAAAUAAAAAACACGCACUUUAAAAACAACGUUGCUGCUCGCGGAGGAGCUCUAUCGAUGACAGAUGGAAGUGUUAAUUUUAUUAAUUGUACUUUCCUCGAUAAUUUUGCUUCAAAUCUUGAGGGGGAUCACCUCAUUAACUACGGCACAAAUAAUUUAAAUCUGACUGACUGCACAUUCCGCCAGACACGCGACGUGUUCUCGUCUUUCAUACAGACGUAUAGUGCGGGACCGUUGGUGUUGACUAAUACUACUAUAGAUCAACAAGCAUCAAGGAGCAGUAUAACUUUAACAAUGGUUUCCAAAGGUGGACUAGUAGAGUUCAAUGAUUUCACAUCAAUCGUUUGCCCAUCAGGAAUGUUUGUUUCGAAGUUGAACCUAUCGUACAAUGAUUGGAUAAAUAGUUCCUGCUCUUUAGAUGUCACUGUACUUCGUCUACAAUGUAAGGAAUGUGAACGCGGUACGUAUAGCUUACAACGAGGGUGCACGGAAGGAUUAAGGAUUGUCAAUGAUUUUGCAUGUCUGUCGUGUCCUCAUGGAGCUGAAUGUCUUCCCACAAUUAAGUCGAAAACAAAUUUUUGGGGUUAUUUGAUUGACGACAGUCCACCAGCCUUAAAUUUCACUCUCUGCCCGGAUAGCUAUUGUCUCCCAGGUACGCAGAACCCAGACGGUUAUAACAGUUGCUAUGGGAAGCGCGAAGGUUGGAUGUGUGGUCGUUGUGCACCUGGAUACAGUGAAACAUUAUUUUCAACCGCUUGUAAAAGAUCAGAAGACUGUAAUGACAACUGGUUUUGGCUAGUGUUUCUUGCACUUGUAUUUAUAAUGGCUUCUUUUCUUGUUUUUAAACCACCUAUUGUCACCUUUGCUGCAAAACAUGCAUUCUGGUUCAAAAACUGUGUAACGAAAAAACCAGAGAGUGUCAUCAUGGACGAAACCGAGUCAUUAGCAUCGCUAAGAGUGGAGGGAAAUGAAUCUACGUUUCUGUUGUCUACUGAGGAAAUUGAAAACGAAAAGUUACAAGCUGUUGGUUAUCUGGAAAUCAUAUUUUAUUUCUAUCAAAUUUCAAACUUGCUGCUUACUUCCACCUCAAUAGAGAAACUAUUAAAAGCUAAAGUAUUAAUUCCUGUUCAAGGAUUUUUCAAUUUUCAGGAAAGAUAUUUAGUGCAUCAAAUUUGUCCAUUUUCUGGACUGACUGCCGAAACAAAACAACUUUUUGAGGUUGCACCCGUGUUUGGAACACUGGGAGCGAUAUAUUUCAUCUACGUUCUGCAUUACGUUCUGUGUAAAAUUUCGCGAACUGCAACUCCGACUGUUGGACAUUAUUUGGGGGCUACCAUGGAAACGAUGUUGCUGGAGUAUAUUAAAAUCGCUAACGUGAGUCUCUCACUGAUUCGUUGUGUGCCUGUUGGGUCUGAAAGUCGUUGGUUUUACAAUGGAACAAUUGUUUGCUACCAGUGGUGGCAAAUUGUUUUGAUUGCUUUUGAUGUGGUCGUUGUUGUACCUUUUAUAUUUGUCUUGGCCUGGGGUGCAGUAAAAUUACAGCGUGGGAAGGUGUCAGCGAGACAUUUCCUACUCGCCUGUGUGUUUCCACUUCCGUUCCUAAUCUUAUGGCUUCUGCAGUCAUCAGGUUUCUGUGGUAAUCAACAUGAUGAUCAGCACGCGCAGAAUACUGAGUAUACCGAAGCGUUAAAAGCUGUACUACUCGCACCGUUCCGAGUGCCUGAAGCAGAGAAAAGUGGCGCACUCUAUUGGGAGAGCAUUUUCAUUGUUCGACGUUUUAUCUUG